AGGUCUUUCCCUCCCUCUCUCUGAUACUUUUGGGAUGUUGAUGGAUACAGCACACUCAGCAAUAUUUCAAGAUGUAAAGCCUUUCUGCCUCUCAGACACGACUCCCAUUAGGACUGACCCAGAGAGCUUGCAAUCAGAGAAGGUGUGUAACUAAACCCCGGCAUGAGCAGGUAAGGGGAGCCGCACUCAGGCAACUACCUCAAAGGCACAGGGAGCGCUCUGGUUACCCGGCGCCGUGUGUGUAUAUUUGCGCAUUGUUUCUACUUACUUCUCUUUAUGUGUCACAGAAAGAGGUGAAGUGCGGAGCUCAGAAUAAGGUGCAGAGGCAGCGAAAGGCAGGAUUACACACAUGGCAGGUUAGAGAAAGGCAGCGAGAGAGAAGGAGAGGAUGGGAGGAAAAAGCGACAGAGGGAGGCUUAAGAUUACAGAGGCGAGCACCUUUUGUUGCAGAGUUCAGUUGUGAUGGACGGCUUAUGUUUAGGGAAAGAGUGAAGGUGUCCUUCAGUGCACUACCAUAAAAUUUGUAGGACCACCGAGGAUGUUCUCCUUCACUGAUCAAACUUGUGUCUGACAAACGAGGAACCUGGACUUCAAGGAAAGUGAAGAAGGAGGUCAGAGCAUUUGAUGUGAUUGAUGCAAAGAUAGGGGCAAACACAAAACCCCGGAGAAGUGUAGUCAGGGGGUGACCGAGUGAUUGAGCCUUCUGGGUGAAUAACAAGUCAUGCAAGAACAGGAGUGAGGCUGGACGAGGGAGCAGCGUUCAACAGGAGAGAGAGGGGAGGCUGCAGAAGCGGAGAUAAGCAGUCCAGAGCAAAAUUAGUCUACAGAGAAAGAGAGGUUGACACCGGACUGAAGAGAGAUCAAGGUUGACUCAAGUCUUUGCUGCCUCCAACGUGAUUAGGGAGAAUAGUAGAAGUGGUGGAGGCGAGCUGGGAGACCCAAUCAACAGAACGUGAGAGCCAGUUAGAGUAGAAGGAAAAGAGAAAGAAUUACACAAGGACGCUUGGUGAAAGAAGCCUCUUAAAUCUGGGAGCUGGAAUUAGAGCCGCAGGAACUGCAGAGGGGAAGCCACAAAACCACAGUGAAGAUGCCCGCUAAUGGGAACCGUCCUUUGAAGUUGCAGUUUGGUCUAAUAAAUCAUGAGGGUCGCUACCUCACUGCUGAGACCUUUGGCUUCAAGGUGAAUGCCUCAGCUCCCAGCCUAAAGAAGAAGCAGAUAUGGACUCUCGAGCAGGAUUCCCAAGACACCCAGGUGGUCUAUCUGCGCAGUCACCUGGGACGCUAUCUGGCCUCUGACAAGGAUGGCAAAGUCACCUGUGAGGCAGACGGCCACAAUUCAGACUGCCGCUUCCUCAUCGUGGCUCAGUCAGACGGCCGCUGGGCCCUGCAGUCUGAGCAGUACCUCCGUUUCUUCGGUGGCUCUCGGGACUACCUGUCCUGCUUCGCCCAGCUGAUCACAGAUGCCGAGCUGUGGGCAGUGCACCUGGCUCUGCAUCCGCAAGCCAACCUGCUGUCUGUGGCCCGUAAGCGUUACGCCCAUCUCUCCAUGGAGGACGGGGAAAUCGCUGUGGACCUGAACAUUCCCUGGGGGGUGGCAGCACUCCUGACACUUGUCUACCUGGACGGGAAGUACUGCCUAAAGACCUGUGACAGCCGCUUCCUCAGCAAUGACGGAAAGCUUGUGAUGCAGAAUGGGAGGGCCACGGCGUACACCUUGGAGCUGAAGUGUGGGAAGUUGGCCUUCAAAGACUGUGAAGGGAAGUAUUUGUCCCCCAUGGGGCCUACGGGGACCCUGAGGUCUGGACGGUGCUCCAAGCCAGGCAAAGAUGAACUGUUUGACCUGGAGGAGAGCCACCCACAAGUGGUUCUGAUAGCAGCCAACGGGCGAUAUGUCUCCAUAAGACAAGGAGUGAGCCUCGCAGCCAAUCAGGAAGAUGAGACGGACAUGGAGACGUUUCAGAUGGAGAUUGACAAGGAAACCAAGAAGUGCACGUUCCGCACCAGCCAAGGCAACUACUGGGCUCUGGUGGCUCACGGAGGCGUCCAGACUACUGCCACAGAAGUGUCAGCAAGCACCAUGUUUUCAGUGGAGUGGCUUGGCCACAAGGUGGCACUAAAAGCUAACAAUGACAAAUACAUCUGCACCAAGAAGAACGGACAGUUACUUGCUGUCAGUGAUUCCAUAGGUGAGGACGAGCAGCUCACUUUAAAACUGAUCAACCGGCCCAUGCUGAUCCUGAGAGGACUGAAUGGAUUCAUCUGCCACCACAAGAACUCCAACACGCUCGACGCCAGUAGAUCCGUCUACGACAUCUUCACCCUGGAGUUCAGCAACGGGGCUUACAAUAUCAAAGGUGUGGAUGGACGGUUCUGGUACGUGAACAGCGCUGGGCUGGUGUGUUCGGACGGCGAGGCCCCGGAGGAUUUCAGUCUGGAGCUCCUGGAGCACGGUCGCCUCGCCAUCCGGGGCAAGAACGGCAAAUACCUGCGUGGUGACCAGGGAGGGACGCUGAAGGGAGACGGACUCAGCCUGAGCAGCUCAGCACUGUGGGAGUACUAAUACAAACAUGAGUCCAAACCUGGACUAACUUCUCACUGCUGAGGUGAUCCGCCACUAAUCACCACUCUGGCUUAAAUGUAGAGUUAAUCUUCGUGAUAUUUCAUCCAGAGAGGACUCAAAGACUUACAGACAGGUGAAAGAAGAGGAGCUCACUGUGGAUGUUCAGCCAAGAGGAGUCUUGAAGAAGUGAACAAAGUUUUGAGUGAACUCUUUAUCUCAAAAGACCAACAUCAGUGUGAAUGAAUAUUUGAGUUUUUGUGUUACUCCUUGAUUUUUUUUCCAUUCAUUAAAACUACACAAAUAAAGGCAAACUGACUUGCAAAUGUGAUGUUUCACACAUGUAAUCAUA